ACCGGUCCUGUUAUGUUUACAAAUGGCGAACACGCAUUUUAUCUAAUCACUUAAACUUAAUGUCAGGCUUCAUUUUACAAUUAUAAGCUCAGACGGAAAAUAUCUAAGUUUAAUAUUACAAUGAACUAGGCUUAGCAUAAAAGUUUACAAAGCAAUGGUUAUUCCAACGAAAAUAAAAUAUAUCGAAAAGAAUUAUGUUUUUCAUUAAGCAGGCCUAAGCCUAAAGUAAUAAUAAAAAUGUCAAAUACUUCAAAAGUAAAAGUUAAACUACCCCUCAGAAUAAAGAUUAUUAGUAUGGGAAAUGCAGAAGUUGGAAAAGUAAGUAUGACAUCUACAUCCUACCUAUUGCUUUUUUUUUUUUAAUUUUAAUUUAUUUUUAAUUUAAAAAAAAAAAAAUUAAUUAAACCAUACUAUUAAUAGUAUUAGUAUCAUAAUGUCCUCCCCACUCUUCAUUCACUUGAAUCUGACUUAGAUUUAACUUAUUUAGCCUCCAAUAUUUUAAAAAACCAUUUCUAUAAUUUAUAUACUUAGAUGACAUACUUUUUAAGUAAAAAUUAAAAAGUUAUGCUGCAAACCUAAAAUAUAUUUUAAUUUUAAUGUAGUUAUUAAUUGAACUAUUUACAUUAAAAUAAUUACAUAAUAGUAUUAAAAUGUCUACCUGGCCUGGUAUCCAUUCACCCCUUCAACCGCUUCAAUCAAAAUUGUAUCAAAAGUUUAAAAAAAAUAACUUCAACACCAUGCAAAACUUUACAGAAUAAAAUAGAAAUAAAGAAUAAAAUUUUCAUUUAUCAAUAUUUUCAAAAUGCAUGCACAAUUUGCUGUCUUGAUAAUUUUUGGUUUGGUUUGAAAGCCAAAACAAGUGUCAUUUAGAUAUGAUUUCAAUGAAAAAUUAAAAUGAGAUCUCCGCCAUUGUAACUUUUUCCCUAUAGAUUAUCUACAUGAUGGUGGGGCUGAGAAAAAAUGCUUGUAAGCCUAAUAGCUGUAAAAAAAGCUCCCUUCAUUGCCUCAAAGUUUUGUUCUUUAAAAUUUGUUAUAAAUGUUUUGUUAAUGUCUUAUCAGCCUGAUGUGAUCAUUUAAAUAUCUUUUUUGUAGAAUUAAUGUGAUGAUCCGAUUGAUGAGCAUCUAUAUAUAUAAUUCACCAGCAAAGGUCAAACAAGACGGGUCAUUCAAGACGCAGGCUAUUUAUAGAUAUGCCAGAGUGUGGUUCAAUAAUGAGUUCACUAGGGCGCAAAAUAUAAUUCCCGAUAACUACUCAAUAUAUAAUAUAUAUAUAUUUUUUGUAGCGCAAUUGCGUUUGGUGCAUAUUUUCUUUUCGGAAAUGAAAUCGUGUCAAUUUAAGUAUUGUUUCAAAAAUAUUCGGUUUAAAAGUGGUUGGGACAUGAGAAUAUUAAUAUAGUUCAUAAGAUAAAAUAAGAUAAGAUUCUUUUAUUAAUCCAAAUAAAUGGAAAUAUUUUUCGAUUGCAUUAUACAUUUUCAGCACAUAAAAAAAACAAUUUGAAGACAAGACAUUUAUUAUAAAUUAUUUCAAACAGCCAUUCAGUGAGUUCUCUUAGCAAAAUCGGGGACUUAAUAGAUCUCAUUAAGAUGUGUGACUUCAGUGAAGCACACCAGUAAAUUCGUACAGAUUGGGGAACAAAAGAAUUUUUAUAUCGCCCUGAUAUAUCAGUCCUCGCCCUAAUGGAAAGAAUUCAUCCCGAACGGCCCGAUUCUUAGUAUUUGUGAUGAAGAGGGCGGAAUGUAUCAUCCAAAAUGUGUUUAGUUUUACAAAAAACAUCUUUCUUCAAAUAGUUCUUCUAGUGAAGGAUGUUUAGUUUGUUUUAUGUUCCUAGCUUUUUUGAUUAGUCGGUUGAUGCAGUGUUUAAUAUCAGAUGUUGAAUUCCCACAUGAGCAGGUAAUACUGAAAUUAAGCAAGCUUUCAAUUGUUGCACUGUAGAAUAAGAUAACGACUAGUGUGAAAUAAGAAUUGUGCAAUGACAUAUCAUGGAAAGGGGGGAAGGAGUGUAGCAAAAUUUGCAUUCUUAAAUGUGCGUAACUUGAGUUCACGUUUUUGUCAAGUACCUUUAGUAGACGGGAAGUUCACGCACUGCUGUCGCCAAAGUUUGGCGGGCUCCAUCUAGUAUCAAUAAUUCCAGGUCAAACAAUAACUUACAAAUGUAAUCAACUGCGUAUAUAAUUCCAACUUCCUUUCUUUUUUUUUUUUAUAAUUAGGUUCAUACACUUAAUAGGAAGUUACCAGCUGGGGUAAAAAAUAAAUGUUAAAAAAAAGAAUACAACAUACAAUUCUUACUUAUGUUGGCUCUAUUUAAAAUAUAGGUCUACCAUGCUUAAACUAAGAAGAAAAUAGAUGCGGUUUGCAUACUACUAGUAAUAAACAUUAUGAUUAUAGCUUUUCAUUAAUUCUGGUAUUUAAUCAAUUUAUUAUUUAAUUGAAAUUAAAAGAACGCUUACCAACACUAAAGUUUUUGCUAACACAAUUAUUUCACAACAAAAUGAUUUGUAAUUAUGGUUUACUACUCAAAAUAGUUGCUAUUGUAAGGAUCCCAUUACAGACAUAGGUUUAUUGUGUAGAUAAUGGUUUAACCUGGCUCAGAUUAUAUGUUUAGAUGGCCUACUGAUCUAAAAUUUACGCAAAAGGUACAAUAUCUUGAACGGCCAUAUAACUCAAAAAGUAUAAAUAUACAGGUAAACCAUACAGGUUUGCAUGUAUGAGUAUAAGAUGACAAGUAUUGCUAGUCUUUAAAAUUAAUAAAAAUUAAAAGGUUACAUUUUUAAAGAAUAAUUUGAUACAUGAGAAGCAGCCAAAUUUAAUUUUUAUGAUAUAUUCUUACUUUUUGUUAAGGGGCCAUCCAUUUUGAGAUAUUUUUAUGCCCCCACCCAAAAUGGUCACAUUUUAUAACAAUAAUUUGACACUUUUAUAGAACACGGUCACAAAUUAAUUCAAUGAUCUUAUUUAUUGAUAGCCCCCUAAUCACUGCUAUCAAAUAAAUUUAUGAUUUACAGUGGUACCUCAACAUACGAGUGCCCUAACAUAAGAGAUUUUUGAGACAUGAGCGUUGAGCAAGCAAUGUUUUUCUUUGAAAUACGAGAAACAUUUGAGAUUAGAGGAACUGGGUCUGCUGGUCGGCCGGCUGCACAUGACACACCAGUUGUGCCUCGUGUGUCUCACAUUUUCCUGCGCCUCAGUCAGUGUGCUUGUUUGCCUCGCUGACGAAGCUUCUUUGAUAAGUUGUGCUCGCGUAUUGUGCAUUUUUACAGUAGUUUAUCACAUUUAUUUUUAUAACCAUGGGUUCAAAGAAAGUGAGUGGAAAGGUCAGUGCUCAGAAGAAGAUGAUGUCUGUUGAAUUAAAGCAUGAAAGUGUGAAAUCAUAGAAAAACAUUAGCAAGGAGUGCGAUUGACUGACUUGGCUAAGCAGUACGGGCAUAGUACUUCAACGAUAUAAAACAAGUUCAUUCCUUUACAUUCUCUUUUAUUAUGUUUUUAUACAAUUUUUGUCAUUUAUAAAUACAUUUUAAUUUUUCAAAAACACGUAACAAAAACAAUUGGGGUGACAUUUUGGGAGCUGGAAUGGAUUAAUGGCAUUUUAAUUAAUUUAAUGGGGAAAAUUGCUUUGAGAUACUAGCAAAUGGACGUAUGAGCAAGGUUACGGAACGAAUUAAAUUCAUAUCUGGAGAUACCACUGUAUUAUCUUUUGGUUUUUAGCAAUAUUAUGCUUUGUUUUAGAUGAUCUUUACAAUGAGCUAGCUUUUAAUACCUUUCAGAGUUGCAUCAUCAAGCGAUAUUGUGAAAAAAGAUUUGUGAACAAAUACCUUGCAACAAUUGGCAUAGACUAUGGAGUGACAAAGUAAGGCCGUAAUACUUGGUCUUGUUAUCUUCAACUCUGGACUCUUCUUUCAUUGUAAAUUUUAAUUUAUAAAUAAAAUCUCCGAAGCAUCAUUAAAUUUUUUUUAAAAUAAUAAAAUUAAUUUAUAAUCAGGUAACAAAAUGUGCUUAGCAUUAGCAUUCCUUUAUGUUAAAACAAAAUUAGGCUUUUUAAAAAUUUACAUAAUUUAACUUUUGAUAGUUUUAAAAAUUGCUAUACUUUAAAAACAAAUAGUUAUUGACUGGUAAGAGCACUUAACACAUUUUUAAAAUAGAAACAUCAUGAAAUAUAUCUCUGAAAAAAAUUUUUUUUUUUUCUUUUCCUCAUCUGCAAUAAAAAAACAACAAAAAAACAAAGAGUAAAUUUGAAAGACAGAGACAUCAAAGUAAAUAUCUUUGACAUGGCUGGCCAUCAUCUGUUUUAUGAAGUAAGUGAAAUAUACAUGGCUUUUAUACAUUUAUGUUUCAAUUUACAAAGAGGUCUGAAUAUUAUAUUAAUUAAGACAUAAUACCCAGCAGUUUUUAUUUAGAGACAUUGACACCAAAUGAAGUUGCCAAUUAAAAAAAAACAAAUUCUGUAGAAACUUGAUAUCUCAACAGAUACAAAUACAUGUUUUCCUAAUUUUUCAAAGCUCAUUUCAUUUUAAUUUUAAUUUACAUUUGAACAAGUUGGCAAUAUAAAGACACAUUAUUUUAUAUUAAAAUGUGAAAUUUCAUGAGACCAACCGUACAUUGUAAAACACUAACAUCAUUCUGCAAACACUUUGCAUUCAAUAUAGUGGCAUGUGAAUUAAAAGAAAUAAAAAAAAUUCCAAAAGAUCAAUUUGUUUUUUGUAUGGCUACAGAAGUAUUGUGCCAUGACAACAAAAAAUGUAACUUUAUUAUUUAUGUGUGUGCUAUGUAAAUAAAAUAGUAAUUUUUCUUCCCUGCUAAAGAAUACAUCUCUUUUUUUCAAUUUAGACAAGAUACAAUGAAACAUUUAUAUCCGAGCAAAAGGUUGAACUAUUUCUGACUAUAUUUAUUAUAGGUACGCAAUGAAUUUUAUAAAGACACACAGGGCGCAAUACUAGUAUAUGAUGUAAGUGACAGAGCAAGUUUUACUGCCCUCGAUGAUUGGCUGCAGGAACUCUCUAAUGAAAUAGGCAACAAAACAGAAAUUGACAGCAUAGUAGUAUGUGUAUGUGGGAAUAAGGUAAGUGGCAGUCUAGAUAAGUGAUUUUUCAACUUUAUGAUGGGAUGGGCUAGCAUUUUGCUUUUUUCACCCACAGCUUAUUUGCCUAUUUAUCCUUUAUCAUGCUUACAUUUUCAAAAAGUAUAAAAAAUCGCCAUGGCUCAUUAAAAAUUCAAGAUUAUAAUUCUUUGCUGCAAUGGAACUUAUGUCAUUAUCUCUUCAUUUCUAAAGUUCAGAAUUUAUCAAUUGUAAAAUAUUGGUUAAUAUUUAUUUUGGGGUUAUGCUACACAGUGAAAGAAAACCUGUCAUCACUACUUUUGCGCCUUGUUAAUGAUUCUUGGUGCAAGUCAGUUUGCGAAAUACUGAGUUUCUGUUAGGGUCAGUUUGAUUUAUCGGAACAUGAUACAGUGUUCCCAUUCUGAAUAUUUCUUUUUAAAAAAAUAGUUAAUUUCAAACAAGUGAUCCAUGUUUGUAAAUGUGUCCACUGAUUGAUUAAAUUUGAUGGAGCUGAUGUUUUUCUGGCAUUUUUUUAUUAAAAUGAAGUUGACCAACCUCAUGACGGACCUCAAAUCAUAUUGUGACACCCUUACUUAGGAGAGACAAAAUAUUUUGGCUUGAGAUAAUUUUUUGAUUUAAAACUCCAUGCAUUCACAAACUAUUUAAAAAAUGUGUGCAUUUAAUCCCUUUGCUUUUAUAACUUUGACACAUUUCUUCCUUAUCUGCAAUCAUUCAAUCUGCAAUUUUUUUGAUCAUCUAUUCUUCAUUAUUAAUGCAGCAAAAGUAAUUUUAAAAAAAAAAUUAUUAUUACAGACAGUUAUAUUAUAUGCAACAAAUAAUCUAAUAUCACAUUUCAUUUCCCAUCCCUGAAUUCAUGCAAACUCUUUGCCAAUUACUCGUUUUCGUGCCAUAAGAAAGAUGUCAUGAUUCCAAACUAUUCAUACAUAAUAAUUUAAUAAACAUUUAACCAAUAAGAUUAUUUUUCUAUCCUGCAAUUUAUUAUGCAACAUGGAAACCUGCUCUGAAAAUGUGACAGAUGAGCUCAUUCUUGCACCUGCUUAAGAAUGCUGCUCAAGAUUGGCAGAGAAUUUUAUUUGAACUUGUCAGCGCAAUAGCUUUGGUUUUAAAAUGGCCAAUAAGUUAAAUUUGGAAUAUGCUUGGAACUUGACAAAUUUUUCCGAACAAAUAUUGUGUCCAUGAUACAUGACUGUGAUUUCCCUCCUCUUUGAGGCACCAUGUUGCGGCACACCUAACUUGAUCUCCAAUCAAACCAGUUUCCACGGCACCCCGAUUGCGAUGCUACGCACUUGUUAAUAACCAUAACAUUACACUUUGAAAACAAAAAUUGUUGAAAAGAUUUUUGUGCAAAAUGUCUUACAGGCUUAGGGUCUUGUGUUUGUGGGAGAUUAAAAAAUCAAAGUCAGCUCACCAAUAGAAACCUUUCCAUUUCAAAAUCUGGAUAUUUUUUUUUCGAUCAAUUUAAAUGUCUUUUGAACUUAUCUAAAAUGAAUGUUAUUUUGAAAUUAUUACUUUAUUAUUUAAAAUUGUAAUGCCAAGUCACAUGCCUAAACAAACCAGGUAUUUUCUUACUGUACCAAUUCUUUUGGUGUUGCCCAUUUUCUUCUUUAAGAUUGUGAUCUGAUACAACAUAAUAAUAUUUUUUUAUUUUUUAGACUGAUUUAAGACGCCAAGUUGAUGAAUCUGAAGGGCAACUGUGGGCAGACUCUCAUGGCUUUCAUUUCUUUGAAACUUCAGCUAUGUCUGGAGAAGGUGUCAAUGAGAUGUUUCAGGUAAAAUCUCUGGAAGAUUUCUUGUUUCUAAUGAUGAAAUUAAAAAAAAAAAAUAUAUAUAUAUUUUUUUUUAAAGAAAAAUUUAAGGUUAAUUUAAUGUUUUGAAUAUCUUUUUAACCACAAGAUGCUGUUUGAAGGAGUUGUAAGAACUUGUGACAACGGAGGAAGAAGGGAGCCGAUAGGGACUCAGCUUGGGUAUACCAAGGAACAGAUAGAAGCCAUCCAGAAAUUGAGGAAUGCAAAGAGUGAUUAUGAAAGAUUAGGCCUCACCCCUGGAGCCUCAAAGUAUGUUUUAGUUCCUUUUCUGGUUUCACAUAGAAAUGGCUGAAUCUUAAUAUAGUUAAGAACACAAAAUACUGAUCAAGGAAAACGUUCUAUUUUAGCUGUUAGUGUUGUAUGCAUACAAGAAUUAGCACUUUGGCUCAACUAGCUAUGAGUGAAUUUUGUUAAAUUGCCAAAACAGUUUAAAUCUUGUAUUUUAAUAUUUAAAUAUUUUAAUGACAUUGUAUCAAUAAUUCCAUUCAAAGCUAAUCAGAUAGCCAUUGAAGCCAAAUGUCUUGAAUGAAUGCUUAGAAUGCACAUAGCCAUUGAAGCCAAAUGUCUUGAAUGAAUGCUUAGAAUGCACAUAGCCAUUGAAGCCAAAUGUCUUGAAUGAAUGCUUAGAAUGCACAUAGCUAUUGAAGCCAAAUGUCUUGAAUGAAUGCUUAGAAUGCACAUAGCCAUUGAAGCCAAAUGUCUUGAAUGAAUGCUUAGAAUGCACAUAGCUAUUGAAGGCAAAUGUCUUGAAUGAAUGCUUAGAAUGCACAAAGAGGUGUCGACUUCAAAUCUCCACAUAAGCGUAACAAAUCCACACACCAUCAUGGCAUGGAAACUCAUUGACAGUACUGACGUGCUGAGUAGGUUCAACUAUUGCUGAUUACUUGUCAUGACAUCUUGAUCAUUAUUUAUAGCAGGCCUGCACAACAUAUGUCCCACUGGCCGAGCGGCGCAUGCUUCCAUUUUGCAGCCUGCAAAGAAACGAAAUAUUCUUUUUUAUUUCCCCCUGUCGUAUCUUCUUUCAGCCCACACAAGUUUUUCAUAAAGUAUUACGGCCCUUCUUACAUUUUGAGUUGUGCAGGCCUUACUUACCUUCAAUUGAGAUGCUUUCUUAGUGCAACGGAAUGAAUUCCUCUAGAUUAUUUAUUUAUGGCAUUUACCCAAAUCAGCAAUGGUGUAAAUGUAUAUUUGAAAACCAUAAUAUGUUUAUACUUUCUGCUGCAAAUGGCAGUAAUGUCAACAGAGCCACUAUCCCAUUCAUGUAAACAAGUCAAAUGUGAAUGUCAGCAGUGUCAUGGUUACCUCCUAAAUGGACCAAUCAAAGCGGUUAAAAAAAAUAUAACCCAGAUUAAUGGUACACUCACUAUUUUUCUGGAUCCAAUUGCUUUUGGCAAAUACAGUUACUGCCUUCUAUUCCAACUAUUAAAAUACUGCUUGAAUUUCCUUGCCAUUGAUAUAUAACAAAUAGCAUAUGAUGUUAUUUUUAAAAAAAAUAUUUUUUUUUAUGUCAAUUUCCAACAAUUUUGCCAAUUUUUAAAGUGGUGUGGUGUAUUUAAUAUCAAAUUUUGCAUAUUGCAACAUAAUAACUUUGUAUGUUCUAGUUUGAUUUUGGAUGGAAUAAAUACAAACAAAUGUAUAGAUAUAACGGACAAGUGUUUAUUUAGCAAUGUUGGAAGGGUCGUUUUUUUUAUUCUGUGCAUAAUAAAAUUGUUUAUAAAGUUAGGACAAUAGUAAAUAUAAUUAUUCAACACAAAAGUGAGCACAUAUAUCCUGUACUACAAGUGAAGUUGUUAAUUUAUAAUGUAUAUUUAGUCUUAUUGAAAUUAUAGUGCAAGUGACUAGUUACAUUCAAGUUAAACUGUUACACAUAUCAUAUUGUUUUUAAAGCAGUGGACAAACAUGUAUGUGUAAUCGAUUCUAAGAAUGUUGAUCUUCGUAAAAUUGAAAGAACCAUUGAAAAAUUAAGAUAUCAUUUUGUAACCUUUGAACUUGCUCUCUUCAGAGAUGAUGUGAACAGAGCCUACAGAAAGUUGGCUGUCCUGCUCCAUCCAGACAAAAGUGUGGCUCCAGGAAGUGAAGACGCAUUUAAACUUCUUGUGUCAGCUCGAACAGCUUUACUCAAACGAUGCUGACAGGGGCCCACUAAGUCAUUUGUAUUUUCAAUGCAUGAUGUAUUUAUCAUACCUUUCCAAAUUAAUGUAAGAAUGGCUUUUCCCUUAAAUUUAUCAAUUGUAGGACAUAAUUACAAAGUGGCCUGAUUUUGAUGUAUAUUUUUUUCUAAAAAUGGCUGAGAGAUAUACCUAAACAAAAUUUUUUUUGAGCAGAUAAUGGCCAACCUAUUGAAUACAGAAUCUCAUUCACAAAUAAAAAAUAUUAUGCUGCCUACAUAGUCAUAGAAAAAAUACUUGUAAAAAAAAAAAAAUUGCACAAAAUCAAUGCCAAAUGCAUGUCCUACAAAAUAUAAUCUACAGUUUUUUUUAUACCUCUCAAUAAAAUGAGCAUUUCUUUAUGCUACUAUGAAUGCCGUAAAUGGUAAGGCUUUUCAUGACUUUAGAAAUCCCUACAUGCCUUCAUAACAUCAGGUGGUUAGUCUUAAACAAGAGCACUCUUUGUUUAGUUGUAAAAAUUGCAACAAAAAAAAAAAAAAAAAGGUAAAACUUUUAAAAAUUAAAAUUAAAUAUGUUAAGUAA